ACAGUUACCAUGGAAACCAUUUGACCCCUCUCCAAAAGAAGCUAAUUCAGUCGUACCUUGCAAAGGAGUAGUUUUCAAUGAAUAUCCACUUUUGUUGUGCUAUCAACCACAAUUUGACUAGUUUGAAUACAUUUGUGUCAUGUAGGAUAGCGUCUCUGUUAGCAGCGGUUACUUUAACGCCCAAAUGGUUACGGCGCCUUUGUCGACAUCGACUGAGGACACACUGGCAACUACAUGUUCCAGAAUGGAGGCAAGUAGGAACACCCGAGACUGCGGGCUGGGAGACCUGGAAGCUCUGGUGGCCAAUAAAGAGAGGGAGUGGAAGGAGCUUCAUGCGAGAAGGAUCCAUCUGUUGGUAGAUUCUCUUCAAAAGGCCAAGGAGGAGUGUUCUUCGCUCAGAUAUCAAAACCAGAAGCUGAAAGAGGACUUUCAGUACAAUCUCUCUAUCCUGGAUGAACGUGAAAAAGAGCUGAAGCGAUACGAUGUCAUCACCACCAGGGCUGUGAAUGCGGAGCAGACCAGGCGAGAGGAGCUGAGCCGACUCCGUAUCCAGGUUGCCACGCUGGAGGAGAAGCAAGCCAAAGAUGCCAUUGCGAGACAGGAGGAGCUGCGUAUAAGCCAGAACAAAGCCGCUCAACAAAGGCUGCAGCUGGAAGAACUCAGACACUCUAUGACAGGUGCAAUUCAAAAGCAAAUUGAGGAGCAUGAGCGGACGAAACUAGAGGCACAGCGCAGAUUACGCCAGAUGGAGGGAGAACUUGCUCAGCAGAAACAGGAGAUGACAGCAGCUUGUGACAAAAAGCUCAGACAACAAGAGCACGAGUUCAACUUAAAACUCGACGAGAUGCGUGCAGUACUGCUGUCCAGUGAGCUCAAGAUAAAGUUGCUGACCAAAGAGCACGAUGUUCAGAGCCAGGCUGGACUCCAAGCAACACACGCGCUCAAAGCGUCUGAAGAGCUCGCUAAGCAAUUACAAGUCAAAUUACAAUGCAAGGCUGAUUUGAAUAAUCAAGCCACUGCUGCCAAGGAGAUCAGGAUAAAGGAACUUGAGGAAAAAUUGAAACAGAUGGAGAACAAACUGAAGAAGCAGAAGGAAGACCACAUAAAGAAACACGAGGAGGUGGCCCGGGCUCUGAAAGAGAAGGAUGAACAACUGGAGGCCCAUGAAAAGCAGUUCAAGAAAACAGAAAAACACAUUGUCAAACUGAAGAAUGAUAUGGAAAUUCAGUCCGCCAAAACUUGCUCGGCACAAAAAGACAUGGCGAAAACGUUGGAGAAGAAAGAUGACACAAUAAAGAGGCUUCGUACCGACGUGACUGCAGCCCAGACAGUUUGGGAGAGGCACGUGAGUCACACCUCGAACGAGAUGGUCGCCAACAACACCGAGUUGAUACGUUUACAGAACAGUAACAGCAAACUCCGUGCUGACUUGGAGAGGAGCAGGGAGGAGAUUAGCAGGUACAAGCAAGAUGUGAGCGCUGGUUUGCGGAGAGAGGCAGCCCUUGAACGGGCACGAGUCCAGUUGGAGUUGGAGUGGCAGGAGCGCUAUGAUGCAGUCAAAGCGAAACAUUACCUGGAUAAUGAGCAGCUUAUACAAGAUUUGACACUUGCCAAAGACCAGGCAAAGGCAGAGCUGAGUGAGAAAGAAAAGCAGUUGCGUGACUUGAAUGGCACAAAGGAGAGUGACAAAGCAAUGGAGGGUCUCACACCUAAAGCAGAUGUGCAGGAAGCAGAGCAAAUAAGUUCCCUGGUUGAGCAAAACAAGUUUCUGCGAGCUGCCGUUUCCCAGAUGAGAAAGGAUAUGGAGGGUCUUGGUCAUCUUCUACCGCAUCCACAGACCAAGCUUCAAGCUGUCUCUGCCAAGGCCACCGAAGCGCCUGCCGCUACCUCCACAACUGAACCUCUUGCCAAGCAUCCGGACAUCUCUGCCAAGACCAUCCCAGCUAGUUUGUCAGACCAGACUCAGGCUCUGAAGCAGGAGGUGCUCCUCCUGAAAGCUCGAUGCAGACAUCUUGAGGAGCAGCUGGAAGGUGCUUCUAGGCCAAACGUAGGAACAUCGAAAGAGUUCCUGGCUCACACAUCUUUGGACAAACCACAUCCACAUGACCAAUUGAAAGAAGUUUGGUGUCUGGAGAAGGAUGCUGACUCCAGUGCUUUGAGGAACCAAGUGGGGAGAGGGCCACACGUAGAGCCUAGACAUGCCAACAUAAGAGAUCAGAGUACUGUGGUGCAACAAGUCCGAGACGAGAAGCUUUAUCUGUGGCAGCAGCAGCUUAACUCGGCUCUGAUGGCCGGUGCCGCAUCCGGUAAUGUUCAGAGUGUUAAAAGGAACAUUGCGUUGGCACACACCAGGCUGAAGCAGGCGGCGUCUUACAUUGCCCGCCUGAGCAAGGAGAAGCAGCAGCUCAUACAAAUGGGCAACUGCCUUCGUGCCCGGAUCACUUCGGCAGGAUUACACGAGGGAAUUGAACCAAAGAUGGAUUCCGUCACAGAGGAACAAGGACAUCCAGAUGAUCGUCUUUUUGCUUUGGAGCAGCUGCAGUAUAAACUCACCACACAGGAGCUCCAGUAUGCUGUGAGGCAGCAGCAAAUGGCUUGCACUGUUGCUGAACAUGUUGCUUCAUCAGACAGCAGAGAGCCUCCCGUAAGUGGAGACGGGAACCUUUGUUACACAGGCCACAAAACCACCCAAGAGUCUGAGACUUCCAAAUUGUCAGACAAAACUCCUACAACUAGUCAGCAACAAACCUCAUUGGUGGUGAAAACACAGGCCAGCUCAGAAGAGUCAUUGCAAUCAUUAAAGGGCAUUUGGGAAGUACUGGACCAUGGACUGAGUUCAUCUAUUUAUUCAGAAGGUGAAGGUGAGCUGAGCAGAAGCAGGGCCACUGCUGAAGUGAUGGUGACCGGUACCAGCGCCCCUAUCCACAGUCGUUCCCCAGCCGAGCUGCAGCAGAAGAACAACCUCUCUAAAGUACCAUCGAACCCUCCAAAAAACUGCCGGCAUGGAGCCCCUGGCAAAAUCAGCAGGAUCAGGAACUACAAUACUAAAGACUGACGCAGUAAUCCAAGACUGUUGUUUGGCUUACACAUAAAUAUGAUCAUUGUGUGAUCAGUAAAUUGUUUACAAGUGAAUAAGUGUAUCGUGAUUAGAGCUACUUGGAGUUUGAAAGAUUCCAGGGAUUGAUUGACCUUGCACAUCUCUACGCGUUUUGGAAAUAGUCAUCAUUGUUGUUAGUGCAUCUGUGAUGCCUUUGUUAAAGACAGAAAAAGGAACAUCGCCAAUGAAAGGAUAUAUAAGCGUCACAUGCAAUUUUUAAAGUGCAAAAACUAGCCUACUCCCGGUUGCUGCUAGUGCCAAAACAUGUAUGUACAUAUGUAAAUGUAUGCAGUAGUUUUGGAGGACUUUCAAUUUAGUCCAUGUAUGAAACGUUGCAAUGAAAGUUUUUUUCCCUUUUAAUGACCUAACGAAGCUUUUCAGUUUUUGCUCUGCUAUCUUAGUGGGUCAGUAGGAGUUUCCUCCGAAUAUCAUGCGAGCUCAAUCUAUGGACGAAAGUAACCUCGGAAAACCACACCAGCCAACAUUGUUGUCUACGUCACAUCAAGUGGCAUCGCCUCCUUAUCACGCUAUUUCCUUUCUUGUUGUUUCUGAUUGGAUGAAUCUCCACACCCUCGCUACGCCAUUGGUCAAUUUAUGUGUCAAAUCAAUCGGUGCGUGUCAUCCAUAGGGACCGUCACUGCGAGGUUAUUCACGUUCAAUGUCGAUUUACGUAAUCGUAAACUUGAUCGCUAAGUCUGAACGUGACCGGUUAAUGUACACCGGGAGGGAGGGCAAAAAUAAGACCGUGUCAAAGGUAAAUAUUUGUCUUUGUAUGGUA